CUAUGAAGAUUCAAAGUUCAUGAGCUUGCGUUACAAUUGCGGCGGUUACAAAGUGAAGUUGUGGGGUGACUCUAUAUGGAGUUGGGACCUUUGGGGUUGGGGAAAUUUGUCACUCACUGUAACAGCUGCAAAUUGGUUGGGAACAACCAAGCUAGGUUGGCAAGGGUGGCCAACUUGGAUGGAUUGAUUCUUGAACUUUGAUUGAACCUUUGAGAUUGAGUUAAGUUCUCCUCCUACAGCUUACCCCCUAAUGCGUCCAAAGCCAUAGCGUCGCGAAUACUUCAUCAAUCAACGUGAUUCAAAUUGGGAACGAAUUUCGGAUUUAUAUUUUGAGUAAUUCUAGUUCCUAAGUUCACCUAGACUCCGUCCUUAAUCCUAACAAGUGGUAUCAGAGCAAUAUUAAGGACAUUGAGAGGAGUCUACAGAAGUGUGAAGACCCUUCUAGACCCACCAUGGCCUGUGGGUGUGCCUAAGUGGUGUUCUAAAGGUUGGAUGUGUCUUCCGCUAAGGGAAACUCUGCCGAAAUUUCGUGGACGCCGAUACUUGUGAAAAUAUCGAGGGAGCUGAGUGUGGACAGCAAAGGGGGGCUGAAAUUCGUCAUUUCUCAAGGAGAAGAUGAAUGAGAGAGGAGGAGAUGCGAAUGGAAGAGGAGCUGUAGCUGAGAAGGCAAGUGAGCCGCCGCCAUCAAAAGUUGAAGCUUUGGAUGGCUCCAACUAUGAGGAAUGGAGCGGACGGAUGAGGAGUGCCUUCAAACGCUACAAGCUACUGAAGAUUGCUGUUGGGGAAGAGAAGAUGCCGGAAGAAGGCGAAGCACGUGAACGGUGGAUUGAGAAAAGCGCGGUGCUUUUCGACCUCAUCCUUCAAUCGGUCAACAAGGAGAUGUUCGAGCACAUCAAGGAUCUUGUGGAAGCGGAUGAUUCGGGUCCAAGGGCAUGGAAACUACUACGCGAUGUGUUUCAGCCCAGCACUCUCCUGAUGGUGAUCGUGCUCAAGAAGGAACUUGCUGCCAUCUCCAUGCGACCAGGGGACGAUGUGAAGCCGGUCCUUGACAAGAUCAAGGACACCUAUGCAAGGAUGGCAGCAGCGGGCAGCAGUGUAUCUCAGCUGCAGCAGUGCACCAAGAUCAUCUCGGUGUUGGACAACUCUUGGGACAACCUCAUCCCCACCCUCAACUCUCAGCAAGGUCAAUGGACACCUGAGUGGCUAAGGCAGCAGAUUCUGCAGGAGGACUUCCGCAGACGCCAUGUGGGAGGCGGUGCUGCCACUAAGACUGCUGAGGGCAGGCCGGAGGGAUGGGCACCUCCAGGCAUGAAGCCGCCCAGUGGUGAACGCGCACAAGGUGGCGCUGUGCAAGGCUCAGGUGCACAAGGUGAAGGUGCACAAGGUAACGCCUAUCCUGGGAUGUAUCUUAUGGUUGAGGAUGUGCAUGGGCAUGAGGGUGAUGUGGGAUCUGUGGGAAAGGUUGUGAUGCAUCCUCUCACGCACUGGGUGAUUGAUUCGGGUUGCACCAGUCACAUGACUCCACGGGCAGAUUUGCUUGAUGAGGUAAAACCCCCUGGGAAGAUUAAGUAUGUGGCAGCAGCAUCAGGUGCUUUGCUCCCCGUGAUUGGUGUUGGGAAUGCCAAGGUUAAGGGAGCUAAUGGGGAGCUUGUGGGGCUUGGGAAUGUUCUGCUGGUUAAAGGCUUGUCUGCUAACCUUCUCUCUAGGGAAUGCGGACACAAGGUGAAGGUGAUCCGCAGUGACAAUGGUGGGGAGUUCAUUGGAGCUGAUUUUGAGGGGGAGUUGAAGAGGAAGGGGAUCCAGCAUCAACUGACAGUGCCAUACAAUCCGCAGCAGAAUGGCGUGGCUGAGAGGUUCAACAGGACCCUGCAGGAGGGGGCACGCACUCUCCUUGGGCCUGUGAAUAUGCUGAGGGCAUUUGGGUGCAUGGUAGUGUUUCAUGUGCCUAAGAAGAAAAGAGGGAAGUUGGAGGCUUCUGGAAGAUGGGGUGUGCACUUGGGGAUUGCAAAGGAUCACAAGGGAUGGCUGCUAUGGGACUUGACCACCCAGAAGCUGACAGUGUCAAGGGAUGUGAAGUUUCUUGAGUCCCUGUACUACAAGCAAUGGAAGCAGCAGCAACAGAAGCUUCCAUCUACACCACUCAUUGUGGAGGCAGAUGAGUUGCAGCAGCCUUCAAGGCAGGUGGAGGUUGCAGUGUCUGAGGAGGAGAUGUCUGGGGUGACUGAGAAGGGGGAGCAGCUGAAGUGGAGCAGCAGCAGCAGCAACAUGAGUCUCCACCUCGAGUUCCACACCCGCCUGAGCGACCUAGGAGGGAUGUGCGCCCUCCUGUGAGGCUGACCUAUGGGGGAAGAGGC